GGCUGUUUUAAAGGCAGGGGCGGGGGGCGGGUCCGAUGCUUGCCGCGCUCUCUCCGCAGAGCAUGGCUUGGCUGGGCUGGCUGCUGCGGAUCCGAGCGCUGCUUGCAACCUUCGCCGCUUCUUCUUGCAGGGCCCUGAGCGGCGCUUUCCACCGGUGCGCGGCCAGGCAGCGCUUUCCCCGAAUGCCCAUGGCUCUGGCGGGUCCCCUCCUGUUCCGCAUCGGGUAUAAUCUCUAUGCCCACACUCGGCUGGGCUACCUGUUCUACAAGCGUCAGGUGAAGAAAGCGCGGGAGCGUUACCCGCAGGGGCACUCUGUUCCUCAGCCUGUGGUGUUCAGCGGAGUGAAGAUUCUUCCCAUCCCUGUCCUAUCCAAUAACUACAGCUAUCUUGUUAUUGAUACUGGCUCAAACUGUGCUGCAGCUGUAGACCCCUCUGACCCACUGGCGGUACAGUCGGUCAUCGAGGAAGAGGGCGUGACGCUGGAGGCCAUCCUGUGCACUCACAAGCAUUGGGAUCACAGCGGAGGCAAUGCAGCGCUGAGGCGGCGGCACAGCUCUUGCCGAGUCUAUGGCAGCAGCUAUGACGACAUCCCAGAACUGACAGAUCCCCUCUCAGAUAAAGAGACCGUUGUGAUAGGACGUCUGAACUUCAAGGCCCUCUUCACGCCGGGACACACUGUGGGGCAUAUGGUGUACGUGCUGGAUGGCAAACCUUUCGAAGGGCCAGCCUCUCUCUUCUCAGGAGACCUCCUUUUCCUCUCCGGCUGUGGUCGGAUAUUUGAAGGGACGCCAGAAACAAUGCUGGCAUCGCUGGACACGGCAGCUGAUCUUGCUGAAGACACACUGCUUUGGCCAGGGCACGAGUAUGCUUCAGAGUGCUUAAUGUUUGCACGCCUUCUGGAGCUGGAGAAUCCCGUCCUGGAGCAGAAGCUACAGUGGGUGAAUCAACAGCGGGUUGAGAAGAGAAGCACGUGCCCUUCUACCAUCGGCGAGGAGAAGCAGUACAAUCCCUUCCUGCGGACGCACUGCCCGGAGGUGCAAGAAGCCGUGGGGAUGAAGCGCCAAAGGGAUGAGGACUGGGACACCUUCCGGGCCCGGGUGCUGAAGGAAGUGCGGCUGCGGAAGGACGUCUUCAAAGCAAACUAGCAAUCUCGGGUGGUGUCAGGCUGGAGCCACAUGCAGGGUGUACCCACAGGCAGGGGCCAGGCAGGGCCUCUCUGCAAGGAGGAGCCUGAUCACAUAACAGGCUCUACUAUGCUAAUGAGGAAGGAUCUACUUGGAUGCUGAUCUCUCACGCAGUGCGAAGUGAAAUGGCAAAAAAACGGAGGGGUUCAGGCUCGUUUCUUGAGCUCCCCGUCCCCCAGAAGGUUUUGUUGGUGCUGCUGCUUAUCCAUGAGGCAUGGCGAGAGGGACCUGCAGCCUUUCACCUGCAAAGGUGUUUGGUAGUGGAUCCAGGUGUGCUUGGGUGGCUCCAUAUCCCCUGCUGUUUUCAAAACACCUGCUGUGGGAGGGAGAAGUGAUGGAGCAGUAGAAGGCAGCGCCUGGGAUGAUGAGAUGCUGAAACGUGCAUCUUGAAUUUCAGAAUGUGUGUAUUUGUUUUUGAGUGUGCCAGCCUAUUUCUAGCUCAGGGACCCCCCUCUUAGGUCAUCUUAUAAGCACAAUCCUGUCACUUUGUCCCCUCAUCUGGAGAGGCAGGUGUACACAUGUGAAACGGUCUUCCAUCUCUUAUCGAGCACAUCAGGAGGAACCUUUGCCUCCCCAAUAUUCCUACUCCCCAAAACCAAAAUCUUGGGCAGCUGAGCACUUUUUAAAAAUCAUCUGCAUCCAAGGAGAGAAAGUGUCCUGCCAUUUGGCCUCUUCAACUUGUUCUUUUCUUCUGACUCCUGUUAAUAUAAAAAUGUUUUAAACUUUCUCUCCAGUUGAGCCAGUUGAGCAUCUAAGUCCUUGCAGCUGGGCCAAGCUUGGAUUUGUGCUCCAUGUGCUUGCAAGGCAGGUUUCCAGGCUUGUGGUGCACCUAGUGUUUCUCCAAGCUGCCUCUCAGAGCACAAGCUGUUACCAGGAAUGCACAGAGUUCAGGCCAACAAUGGCUGUGCUUCCCACGGGAGCAGGAGAACGAAGCCAGGGAGGCAUGCCACCACCUCCUACCUCUGAGAAUAUGUUGCCAGUCCCCCAUGGCAUACAUGGCUUUCUUCCACCGGCACCACAUGCAAGAUGUUCGCAAGGGAGAUUGUACAUUAAUGGCUGUGAGGGUGUUUUUAACUGAAGCUCAGCACUGUGGCCGUAUGGUUGGUAUUUAUCUGUAUAUAGUUGAGUUUGGCUCCUGCUAGCUGAGUUUCUACUGUCUGUGAGUUUUAUAGUGCAGGGUUGUUCUAAGGAGAGGCUCAAAAGAGCGUAAUCUCUUUUUUUUAAAUUCAUUGGCGAUGAAAUAAAAUAGCACGAUAGAUUAUUUUGGAAUCCUUUUUUUGUCCACUUCACAUUUUAAUGUAUUCUCCAUUGUGGACACUACAGAUGUUUGGCUCUAUUUUGCAAAGACAUGAAACAGUGGGUGGGUGUGUUUUUAAAAGUGAUUGCUGUGAAAUUUUAAGAGAACUGCUGUUUCACUUUGCACCUUCAGUUCUUCUGUCAAAUGCUGAGGCUUUGUGGUGUCAGUAAAACAAAGCUGAGAAUGGAGGCUUACAAUGCUGCACACGCAGUGUGCUUAACCUCAGGUAGGUGAAAAAUGUGUUUCUUUUGCAGAGUCUCUCAAAGAUCAGUAAUAACUUUGAAAAAAAUAUUCUUUGCACUGUGAAGUGAACACCUACACAGUCUUAACUCUGCAAGGAAGAUAAAGUGUGUGUAGCUGAUGACUGGGUCAUUGAGCCAUCAUGUUUAGGCUGCAAUCCUAAACAAGGGAGUAAGGCCUAUUGAACACAGAGGGACUUCCAUCUGAGUAAACAUGCCAAGGAUUGCUCUGUAUUGAAACAUGAAAGCAAAGUAUUGGCAGGAGAAGGCAUUACCUGCAGGCCACCAGGCAUAGCAACAGAUCUUGGAAGAAUGGUGUCUUGAGACCCUCAUUUGAAUGAAAAUUGGUUCUCAAGACCUACCCAAGUUGUUCUGUUACAGUAGAUGAGUAAUCUUUUUCAGCCCAAGGGCCACAUUCCCUUAAGGUGCAACCUUCUGGGGGCCACCUUCCUUUUAUGGGUGGGAGCAGAGGCAAAAGUAUGUAGAGCAUUAGAUCUUACUCUUUCACCUUUUGUACAGUAGGCUGCAUUCUAGCCAGGCACAACCAGAAUUCUCUACAUUCACUCUCCUCCCCCACCUUCUUCAUCCUGGCAAGAAAGAAGCAACACCACCAUUUAAAAACACAUUCCAGCCAGAGGGAGAAAUGUGAAUAAAUGGAGGAGGUUGCUGAUCAGGGCCAGUAAGGGGUAUGGCCUUUGGAAAGUGGGUGGCCUGCAAAGAGCCUUGAGGAAUGGAUGGAGAGGCUGGAAGGGCUGCAUUUGGUCCCCAGGCCUAAGGUUCCCAACCCUAUCCGAGUCCCUAGCAGAGGGGCUGGGACAACCAGAACCACAGGAUAGCUCUGCCUUCUCUCUGUGUAUACAUCAGUGUAGGCUAAUGUCCCUGGAUUCUGUGGAGCAGAAUGUGCAGGCCAGUCGGAAAUAAGUCAUACUGAGUUCAAUGGGGCCUACUCCCAAGUCAGCGUGUGUAGGACUACAGUGGAAGGAAAAGCUGAUGAUGGGUGGUGCAAAACCUUGGCUUCGCCAGGGUCUUUUACUCGGAGAAAAGAAAUUUUAUGCUCCUGGAUUACACUUCAUUCCUCUAAGCUUGCUGCUGUAACAAGGGCAGGUGCACAAGCUAGUUCAUCCUCACUCUGCACGACAAGAGGCAGCAUGAGGCCUAUGAGUUUUGCUUGGUAAUCGGUGCUCUCUGGGGUGGGGAAAGUGGCUUUGGUCACACAACCUUCUUGUCACACCCAGGAGCCUCUGUUAUCUUGCCUUCCUAUAGGAAGCUCAUGUCAGGGAACUGAUAAUUCUAAUACCAAACUCUCUAGAGAUGCACUGAGAUAUGAAGCAGAGGAGAGGGUCUGGCUUGCCCAGGGGCGUGUAGCUGUCAGCUUGGUCAGGGAUGCUGCUGGGCAACAAGGUGGUUGAUGGACCAGCAGCAACCCUAAUGUUCUGUCUCGCUGAACUCCCAAGUGCAGACUUUCCAAGCCCAUCCCAAUAUUAAGAGUUUUUCUGGUAAAGGGGGUGGUGGUUCUGUGGACAUAGGAACACACAGACGCUCUACCCCCAUGCAAUGUACCUUUGUGCUGUGCCAAGUGCCCAGAUGGGCACAGCUGAGGUAGGUUGUGCCUCCCAGCUCAUCCAGCCAAGUCUCAGCAAGUCUUUAAUGAGCAUUCCUUCUGAUUUGUUUAUUGUGGAGGGCAGGUCAUAUGGCAAUGAGCAUUUGUCCUGAAUUCAUCCCGAUUUGCUUGCAGCCUGUUUACAUUUCUUUCCCUUUAUUUAUUUGUUCAUCAGUGCAUUUCCUGUCACUUUCCAACCAGGAAAAAGUCUGGUGUCCUUUUUCUUUUUCAAAAAGUGGACUUGUUGCACUAGGCCGACGAUUGAUUUAACCACUUUAAAUGCUAAAUAAAGCCUAAUGUUUUGGUAUGCAGCUGAACUAUUCCCUCAAAAUGCUGACAGUCUGGUGGCUCUGAAUGUGAUAAUCAAAAGCAGGUGUGGGGAACCCUUUGCCCCCCAGAUGUUGCUGAAUUAAAAUUCCCACCAUUGGCCAUGCUUUCUGGGGCUGAUAGGAGUUGUAGUUUAGCAACAUCUGGAGGGCCAAAGGUUCCGUACACCUGAUAAAAGGGAUAGGGCCCAAGAUUUAUGUAGCACACACUGUGAUAUUUGUUUGGAUUUGAAUCUCCCAAUAAAUUUUGGGCUUUUCUUGAGUUGUA